AUGGCGCAGUGGCGCGAUGGGAUCAACCUCGCGUGGCAGGAGUCCUGGCAGAAGCUGCAGGGAGCACCGUCAUACGUUCAGACGGGUCAGGAGGUGAGCAUUCGCGAGACGCCAGACUCCGACGAGUUGGAUGACCUGGACCCAUGCGCCUUCUACCUGGGCGACGGCUUCCUGGCGGGCUCGAAGGAGGCUGUGGCGCGAGCACUAGCGACUCUGCAGCGCCGCUGCCCUGACUUGGGCCCCCUGCUCCACCUCGGCAAGUGCGAGCUCGUAGUCCCCUGCGGACGCAGGCCGGGCGGCCUGGCAGACCUCUUCCCUGCGCCUCUCCUGGCGGGCGCAGAGACGGGGGUCGACCGCGUUGUCCUCAGAGGCGGCUUCAAGCUCUUGGGAGCGCCUAUUGGGGCGAAGGACUACUGCGAGGCGUUCGCCCAGCGCCGCGCCGACAAGACGAAGCCCGCCCUGGAGGCGCUCGCCAACCUGCACCCCCAGGUGGGCCUCGCGCUCCUGCGCUACUGCGCGAGCUACGCGAAACUCGUGCACAGCGCCCGCACGGCGCCGUCUGUUCUGCUCUCGCAAGCGUUGCACUUCUUCGACGACGGCCAGCGGCGCGCGCUGUCGAACCUGCUGGCGGGGCUCGCCCACGCGUGGCUCGGUCUGCGGGAGCUGACAGCGCGCGCGCCCAGCGCUUACUUGGCCAGCCUCGCAGCCACGCGGCACCUGCGCUGCGACCUCGACCCGGCCUACGCGUGGGCGCCGGACAGCGCGGCUACGCUGGAGGGGCAGGCGCUCCUGGCGUACAACGCCCUGCUGGCGCCGGCGGACGGCCUCGACCCGGCGGCGCUCGACAGGGCCACGCAGAAGCAGCUCUCUGCCGCGGUGGGCGAAAGCGGGCACCAGACCUUUCUGGCGGGCUUGGGGGCAGCUGACCGCGCUGACAUCAAUUCAGAGAUGCUGCCUGGCGCGUCAGACUUCCUCGUGGCGCAGCCCAGUGAGCAGCUGGGGCUCCUUUUCGAACCCGAGGAAUUCGCGUGCGAGGUCAAGCGCAGGCUCCUCAUGCCCGUGUACGAGACUGAGCACUUCUGCCCCUGCUCCGAGGACGUCUGCGACCGCCACGGCCGGCACGCAGGACUAUGCGCGGGGGCCGGGGAUCGCGUCCACUGGCACAACGGGGCGAGGAACGUGGUCGGCACCUUCGCCACCAGUGCGGGCUUCAACCCGACGCUCGAGCAACCUGGCCUCCUACCGCCCCGCCCAGACGACGUCCAGGUGAAUGGGCGCCGGCCUGCAGAUGUCUACAUGCCCCCCUGGUUCCAGGGGGCGCCUGCUGCCUUCGACUUCGCGGUGUCUUCGCCGCGCAGGCAGGCUGCCCGUGUCCUGGCGUUCCAGGGGGUGGGGCGCGCGGCGCAGGAGUACGAGUUGGUGAAGAGGAACCACCUCGACACAGAGCGGCAGUUCCAGCAGCAGGGGGUCGCGUUCAUCCCCCUCGUGGCG